GCAAGCUCCCGGGUCCCCGCCCAGUCCCCUCUCCGGAGGGACACACCCCCGCCCCUCCUCUGCUCCGCCUGUUCCCGCCGGACCCACCGGGCGGCGGAGAGAGCGGGCGGGCGAGCCAGAGAGCGGCCGCGGCGCGGGAGGGAAGGGGAGCGCGGCAGGCCCAAAGGGAGCCGCCCGGGGCGCACGGAGCCCGCGUGCCCUCUGGGACCGCCCCGGCCGGUGCGGUAUCCGUAGGCGCCCGGAGCCCGGGCAGCGGCGCACCCGGCCGAAGUGGCGGGUGGCCCCGAGGACCUUGGAAGCAGGAGAAGGAGCCGGAGCCCGGACGGGAUGAGAAGGUGACGCCGCCGGGGGGCGCCACUCGCUUUGUGGGGGAAGAUGCUCGCCUACUGCGUGCAAGAUGCCACCGUGGUGGACGUGGAGAAGAGGAGGAACCCCUCCAAGCACUACGAGCUGCCUUCUCUGCAGUUGGUUUCCGUCACUGCUCUCCGUGGUAGCGGACCAUCGGAAGUGACUGUGUGUGUGUCUGACACUCCCCGCGCCUCCAGAGGACAGAUUGCCAGGCUCCCUGCAGCUAGUCCAGUGAUCUUUUUUGUAUUGGUCCUCCUUCGUGGUUCUCAACCUGUAACAGCCAGUCAACUCACCUGGGGAGCCCUGCAGACCACCUGUGUUCACCCCACCUUCCAAGAUCCUGACUUCAGUGGCGUGGGCUGGGACCUGGGCGGCAGUGUUUUAAAGCCCUCCACACAGGUGUACAUCAUCAACGUGACCUGGUCCGACUCCACGUCCCAGACCAUCUACCGGAGGUACAGCAAGUUCUUUGACCUGCAGAUGCAGCUUUUGGAUAAGUUUCCCAUCGAAGGUGGACAGAAGGACCCCAAGCAGAGAAUCAUUCCCUUCCUCCCAGGCAAAAUCCUCUUCCGGAGAAGCCACAUCCGGGACGUAGCUGUGAGGAGGCUGAAGCCCAUCGAUGAGUACUGCCGGGCGCUGGUCCGGCUGCCUCCCCACAUCUCACAGUGCGAUGAAGUCUUCCAGUUCUUUGAGGCCCGACCAGAGGAUGUCAACCCCCCAAAAGAGGACUAUGGCAGUUCCAAGAGGAAAUCAGUGUGGCUCUCCAGCUGGGCUGAGUCUCCCAAAAAGGACGUGACAGGUGCCGACACCAGUGCCGAGCCCAUGAUCCUGGAACAGUACGUGGUGGUGUCCAACUAUAAGAAGCAGGAGAACUCAGAGCUGAGCCUCCAGGCCGGGGAGGUGGUGGAUGUCAUUGAGAAGAACGAAAGCGGCUGGUGGUUCGUGAGCACCUCUGAGGAACAGGGCUGGGUCCCUGCCACCUACCUGGAGGCCCAGAAUGGCACUCGAGACGACUCAGACAUCAACACCUCCAAGACUGGGGAAGUGUCCAAGAGACGCAAGGCCCAUCUGCGGCGCCUGGAUCGCCGGUGGACCCUGGGCGGGAUGGUCAACAGGCAGCACAGCCGAGAGGAGAAGUAUGUCACUGUGCAGCCUUACACCAGCCAAAGCAAGGACGAGAUUGGCUUUGAGAAGGGCGUCACCGUGGAGGUGAUCAGGAAGAAUUUGGAGGGCUGGUGGUACAUCAGAUACCUGGGCAAAGAAGGCUGGGCACCAGCAUCCUACCUGAAGAAGGCCAAGGAAGACCUGCCAGCACGGAAGAAGAACCUGGCGGGCCCAGUGGAGAUCAUUGGGAACAUCAUGGAGAUUAGCAACCUGCUGAACAAAAAGGCAUCAGGGGACAAAGAGACUCCACCAGCUGAAGGCGAAGGUCCGGAGGUCCCCAUCGCCAAGAAGGAGAUCAGCCUGCCCAUCCUCUGCAACGCCUCCAACGGCAGUGCCCUGGCAGUCCCUGAGAGGACCGUCUCCAAGCUGGCCCAGAGCUCCCCGGCCGUGGCUAGGAUUGCCCCUCAGAGGGCCCAGAUCAGCUCCCCGAACCUCAGGACGAGGCCUCCACCUCGCCGAGAAUCCAGCCUGGGGUUCCAGCUGCCGAAGCCACCAGAGCCCCCUUCUGUUGAGGUGGAGUACUACACCAUUGCCGAAUUCCAGUCCUGCAUUUCUGACGGGAUCAGCUUUCGGGGUGGACAGAAGGCAGAGGUCAUCGACAAGAACUCGGGUGGCUGGUGGUACGUGCAGAUUGGUGAGAAGGAGGGCUGGGCCCCCGCGUCCUACAUCGACAAGCGCAAGAAGCCCAACCUGAGCCGCCGUACGAGCACACUGACCCGGCCUAAGGUACCCCCACCAGCGCCCCCCAGCAAGCCCAAGGAGGCUGAAGAGGGUCCGGCAGGCACUAGCGAGAACCAGGGCUCCCCACUGAAGCUCAAGUACGAGGAGCCUGAGUAUGACAUCCCUGCCUUUGGCUUUGACUCAGAGCCAGAGCCGAGUGAGGAGCCCGCAGAGGACAAAGGCUUGGGGGACAAGCGGCCAACCCAGCCCCGCAGGCCCUCACCAGCCUCCUCCCUGCAGCGGGCCCGCUUCAAGGUCGGCGGAUCUUCGGAGGAUGUGGCCCCAGAAGAGGAGACCAUCUACGAGAAUGAGGGCUUCCGGCCAUGUGCCGAGGACACCCUGUCGGCCGGACGCUCCUCCCGGGACAGCGACUCCCCGGGAGACUCCCCGCUGUCCCUUGCCAGGAAAAACUCCCCCAGAUCAGACUCCCCCAAGUCCUCCUCGCUCCUGAAGCUCAAGGCCGAGAAGAACGCCCAGGCAGAGCUGGGGAAGACCCACUCCUCUGCCUCCUUCUCCUCGUCCGUCACCAUCAACACCACCUGCUCCUCCUCCUCCUCCUCAUCCUCCUUGUCCAAGCACAGCGGCGACCUGAAGCCCCGUUCUGCCUCGGACGCAGGCAUCCGUGGCACGCCCAAGGUCGGGGUGAAGAAGGACGCUGACCUGAAGGCAGGACUGACCUCCUGUGCUCGGGCCAAGCCAUCGGUCCGGCCCAAGCCAUUCUUGAACAGAGCGGAGUCCCAGAGCCAAGAGAAGAUGGACAUCAGCACUUUACGGCGCCAGCUGAGACCCACAGGCCAACUCCGGGGAGGUCUCAAGGGCUCCAAGAGUGAGGAUUCAGAGCUGCCCCCCCAGACGGCCUCCGAGGGUCCCAACGAGGGGUCUAGGAGAGGCUCAGCUGACAUCAUCACCCUCCCAGCUGCCACGUCCCCGUGUCCCACCAAGAAGGGGCAGGAAGGGCAGGCCACCUCCUACACGACUUGCAGUGCCUACCAGAAGGUCCAGGACUCGGAGAUCAGUUUCCCUGCAGGCGUGGAGGUGCGGGUGCUUGAGAAGUUGGAAAGCGGCUGGUGGUAUGUGAGGUUUGGGGAGCUGGAGGGCUGGGCCCCUUCCCAUUAUUUGGUGCUGGGUGAGAACGAGCCGCAGGACCCCACUGGCAAAGAGCCAGACGCAGUGACCGCCAGGGGCAAGCAGGAGGGCAAGUCAGACAGCCUGGAAAAGAUCGAGAAGCGGGUCCAAGCGCUGAACACCGUCAACCAGAGCAAGCGGGCCACGCCCCCCAUCCCCUCCAAGCCCCCUGGGGGCUUCAGCAAGACUUCCGGUGCUGGGGCGGUGAAAAUGAGGAAUGGUGUUCGGCAGGUGGCAGUGAGGCCCCAGUCGGUAUUCGUGUCCCCACCACCCAAGGACAACAACCUGUCCUGCGCCCUUCGGAGGAACGAGUCACUCACGGCCAGCGAUGGCCUCCGAGGCGUGCGUCGGAACUCCUCCUUCAGUACCGCCCGCUCGGCCGCCGCAGAGGCCAAGGGCCGCCUGCCCGAGCGGGCCGCCAGCCAGGGCUCAGACUCACCUCUGCUGCCCGCCCGGCGCAAUGGCAUCCCCGUGUCCCCGGUGCGCCCCAAGCCCAUCGAGAAGUCCCAGUUCAUCCACAACAAUCUCAAAGACGUGUAUGUCUCAAUCGCGGACUAUGAGGGGGACGAGGAGACGGCGGGCUUCCAGGAGGGCGUGUCCAUGGAGGUCCUGGAGAGGAACCCCAACGGCUGGUGGUACUGCCAGAUCCUGGACGGGGCGAGGCCCUUCAAAGGCUGGGUGCCCUCCAACUACCUGGAGAAAAAGAACUAACGGGGGCGUGGAUCCUUUCAGCCUGAGGGUGGAUGAGGGGUGAAACGAACUCAAUGGGGAAAGGGAAAAUGGGAGGGGGUGGGGGGAGGGCUACAUUAAACCCUGCAGAAGGGAUGACCUCAAGGACACUGCCCUCUGGGCUGUCCCUCAGCCAGAAGGUAAGGUCUGGUGGUGGCCCACCUUCAGCGGGAGGCCUGGGACCGGAGGUGAGACAGCUGAGCCCCAUGCAUGCACCAUUGGGACUUUGCUGGCGGGCUCAGUGCCGUUGGGGAUGGACGCUGUGAGAGGCCCCAGCUGUGUCGUGGCUGCAGGUCUGGGGAAGAUGUGGUUGAAGGGGCCUCCGUGCCCUGUCCUGGCGUAGCCCAGUUCCAGUUGCCGGCACCUUGUCACCAGAGGUGGCCCUCGUAUCGUCCUCACCUGUCAUUGUGAAUUGUGCCGGUUGCCCAGGGGCCGCCAACACCCAGCAUGGGUGGUCCGGGCUUGGACUCCACUGGCUUUGGGGCUUGGAUGCACGUCCUGUGAGCUCAACCUGCCCCUCCCUGGCCAGGCCACUGCCAGUGUCUGUCUGUCGAAGAAAAAGCAGUUCCCCAGGCGCCAGCAGGGACCACCUUUCUUAGCCAUCACUGACCGUGAGCAGAGAGCCCACGCUGCCCAGGGCACCGUGGGCGACUGGGCCCGGUCUACAGGGGAUGGGCAGCACCAUGGGUCUCCUCCCAGUCUGCAUGGACUUCAUUUUGGACAUUUCUGGGUGCACAGCUCUUGUGCAUGUUUUGGGAGAGGUUUAUUGAUUCGGGGCUUUUAUGUUGGGCCUUGGGUUUUGUUCUUAUUUUAGGGGUUGUUUGGGGGCCUAGGGACGGUCGGCCUCACGGGAGGGUAAUGGACGGCCUUCCCUGCGGUGCUCUCGCAGGGAGGUUGUUCGGUCGUGUUUGACAUGCUUCCCUGGAGUCAUUUCAUUUGGUUUCCACUGUGUGGACAGUUCUGGAGCUCGGCGUUUGCUGGAGGCACUGGGGGCUGGAGAAGCCCCGGGCCCCAGACACCUGAAGCCCAACCCCAGGAGGGAGGAGGGGCUUAUUCAGGAGAAAAGGUGGCUCUCAGGCCCCUGGGUGACUGCUGUUCUGUGUACAUUGUCCCGCUUGGGCAGGACCGAAAGCCUUACAUGCAAACUAUGGAGAAGCGGCCAUCGUCCCACUCCUGGUCUGAGGGGACCCCAGCUGGGCAACUUGGGCGAGACUGGAGCACACACCACCAGCCACCCCCCCCCCCAGCCUGCAAGUGAUGCCGCAGUUACCCAAGGAGAGAAGGAGAACCCGGGGCCAGAAGCUGACCUGGUCUUCCCAAGGGGCAGUGCCCCCGGAAAGAUAGAAGUAAGAGAAUCGAGUCCCUGCCAACUUUGGGUCUUGCAAUUGUUGAUGUUCCCAAGGGGACCCUCCAGAAGCCGAAGCGGCUUCCCAAGGACUCACCCUUUGCUGGGAGUGGAUCUCCGCACGUGCCUUUAAUUUCGGACAGAUCAGGCCUCACAGCCACGAUUCAGCUGCCAGAAUCCUGGGCUCAGGGCUGGUGUUUCCCGCAGAGGAGGAAAGGCCCUCUCUCCACCCCUGCUUCCCACCCAGGAAGUCCACGUUGCCUGAAGACGAGCAUGGGGCCCAGCGCCUCAUGCCUUCAGAAUCCCAUCCGCCCCCUCCCGACCCCCGAGGCCUUGCCUGGGACCCCCCCAGCCCUCCUCCAUCCUCUACACUGAUGCCCGGCAGCUACAGCAGACUGCUCGUGUUCUUUGUUAAACGGCCGUGGUGAGAUUUUGUUUCCUUUUGUUUGUGAUUUUAAAUCGAAAUUAGUUAUUUUCUUCUGCUGGACAGUAUUAUAUAGAGCAGGAUGUUGAGUUAAUCUGCUAGACUGCAGUACUAAUAGUAGUGGUGUAGUGUCUUCAUAUUAAUAUUAUUUGGACUUCUUUGAACAAUAAUGAUAAAGAAGUGGUUCAUUAUUUUUUUAAUUAAUGCACUUUAAUAAGGUAGAAUGGAAAGAAACCCAGAGAGCAAAGUGCAUUACUUAAAGAUGCAGUAUAUACUUUUCUCAUUUUUAAGCAGCACAUAUUUAUUAAAAGAAAAAAAGUAAUUUAUGAUUAUUUAAAAUAAAAUUUAAAAGUAGAGUGACUGUCGGGUGAAAGGACCUUCCACGGAGCUGUCUCCCAGGGCGAGGCCCCAGCGGCCGGCCUCACUCCCCAGACGUCUGCACUGAGCCAGUUCCAUCAGCAUCGCGACGGCCAGGCCAGGAAGGCAGGCAGGGCGCCUCUGCCAAGCACAGAGCAUCUCAGUCAGACUGGACCACAGCGCUCCCCAGCGCCUGUCUUUCCCUGCCCUUCCUCACUGCCUGCACUGCCCUGCGGGGCUCUCCACCACCAGCAGGGCCCACGUUCCCCCAGUUCCACGCCCCCCAGGACCUUCUCUCCUUGAUCCCCAGUGCUCUAAGUGAUGGUCAUGAAAAGUGACCUCGUAGGUCACGCCAUCCCAUCCCUUCCUGUCACUGCAGCCCGAGGACAGGAAAUGACUUUCCCAAAAUCACAUAGCUAAGUUGGAUGGCAGGACCCCCCCCCCCCCCCCCCACUGCAUCAGUGCUUGCACUCCUACCCACCCCCAUUAGAGUUUAUUGUGUGGUCAUCGUGUUUACAUUGUGGCACCCAGCCCUAAGGAUGGCUGGGAGUUGCUCAGGCAUCCAGGAAACGUGGGGAAUGCUGCCACCUGGUGGCAGCGUGUAGAUUUGGGCAGUGAACAGGGAUUGCCAUGCCCCAUCUUUGCCCCUCGCCCCUCACCAUCGCCCCCUAGUACACAGCACAGCACAAACCCUGCAAACGGAAAGAGAAUAUUAAUACUUGAAGCAAAAAGGGUGCAUGCCAGUCCCUCUCAGACAUGGCCAGGCGAUGCCAGGCCUUGUGCCCCUGGACGCCGAGCCCUCCCCAGGGCAAGAGGGCCUUUCCCUAGAGCUACUGAGCUGCUUUGUGAUGUUGGAGGGUACUGCUAGUGGCAGGUGGAGGAGGGAGGGGCCUGUGGCUCUGACCCAUCUGGAGGAAAACCAGAUCGGACUCAAAAAGGAAAAAGAAAAAUGAAAUCUCAGCAGUGUCCAAACCUAGUUUUCCAUUAGUUGCGAUUGAAAAUGUGAAAUGACAUUGUAUGGCUGUAUACUGCAACUUUAAUCAUAAUGAGCCCUUCUGAGGUCAUUAUUGAGGUUUAUAUAAUGCCUGAAGAUGCAGCAUUGGUGCUUUUUCUUUCCGUUGAGAGACUUUUUCUUUCAUUACAAGGGGAAAACAAUGUCUUCAUCUCUCUGCCACUUUGUAACAGUGGGCCUGGCUGGGCUUCCUGGCCCCGCCAUGCCAUCUCCACUCCGCCAAGGGACCACGGAGGUGGCGGGAGGGAGCUGGGAGGGGGGACCCUCCGCAGCAGGUGUGCCAUCUGCUCCUAGCUGUGGUGGGGCCCUGCCUCGCCAGCCCUCGGCCCGUCCACCCCCAGCCUGGCCCCAACCGCCUCUUUGCUCCUCCUCAACCCUCCAUCUUGACGAAGGCAUUAUAUAGAAUCAUUUUAAUCACUUUCAGAUGUUAGAGCAGAGUAUUUUACUGGCAUUUAUCCAUCGCUUUCCUCAGCAAGGCAUGUUACUACUCUUAUCAUCUAAGGAAAAAAGACAAGGGAAUUUUGGUCAAGCAUUAUUUUCAUAUUACUAGUAUUUGCAGAAUAGGUGUAGAACUAUUUAAGUUAGACUUUGGUUUUGGUAGUUUGUUUUGUUUCUAAGGGGGGAAAAGAUAAGGUAACCCCUACUUUUUUUGUAUUUAACUAAUAUAUUAUUUCUUUAAGGUUACUCACUUCCCCUAGUUCCUCCAAAUACUUUGCAUUCUCAGUCGAAAAUGAAAACAAUCUGAGAGACAGGAAACGUGCAAUAUUAUCAAGAGGGAUGCCAGGGCCUGUGGGGAUGGGGGCCGGAGGUCCAGUGGCCUCUGUCGGUAGGAGGAGGCGGGGCUGCUGGGAGGAGUCAGAGCUGUGGAACAGACAAGCAGCCUUGUGGGUAGUGAUCUUUUUCCCCUCCUGCUCUGCUUCCCUGGCAAGGUGGCAGGGGUCCCCACCAGCAGGCAGCCCCUUUUUCUGUUGGGUGUCAUCCACCCAGAAGAAAGGGAUUCAGGGAAGUAGCAUGGGGCUCUCGACCUCUGGGGGACCCAGCCCGCAGAGCAGAGCAAGGGCAUCCAGAAACUGUUCCUUGUUUUCAUUUCCGUUUGCCAGCCAGCUGCUCAGAAAGACCUGUCCUAAAACACUCUCAGCAGCCCUCUCUCACCCCGUCUCCUGAUGUUUGGGCCAUGAUCCUUUGGAUGUAUGUUUGAGUCUUUCUAAAACUAUGUAACCUCAAGUUCAGUUCAUGGGCAGGAACCCUAGAUGUAAUCAGAUCUUUCUGGGGAAGGCAGGUGCCUUCAGCCCUGUGAGAUAAAUCCCAGUGAGAUGCCAAUUCCCACAGGCCUGCAGCUGGGCCUGGUGCUAAGCCCGGGCCACCCAUUCAUCUCAAUGACUUCGGCCGAGGAGUGAGCCCCGCCUCUGCUCAACGCCCCCAGUCCCCAGAGGGUCUCAGAGAAGCAUCCAAGGGGCCUACUCAUGUCUCUGUGGACAGAACUGUCCACAACAGGUACCAAAGCGGCCCCCUCCUAACUUGGCACAGGCAGAGAAAGCAGCAGGAUGGGAAGCCCCUGGGUGCGAGCCCUCGGAGCGCUGCUCCUCAGCUGUGGAGGACACCCUCGCUUGCUUGUCCCCUCCUGCUCCAGGACCGUGCUCCGUCCUUUCUGUUUGGUGAACUUCCGUACAGACGUGGACUACGUGCUAAGUGGGACUGUGGCCCCACGCGUGGGUGUCUCUCUGUGGAGUGUGUGCAUCUGUGUACAGCCUCUGAAGAGUCUUGACACAGAGCUCUCUCGAAAGAGAACCAUCUACGUAGCUAAAGAGUUAAGAUUCCCUCACUUUUUUGAGGGCCGCGUGCUGUUGAGAAAUUGUGUUUGUGUGUGUGCGUGCACACACGUGUGAGUGUUGAUAAUUUCCCACUUGAACUAAAUGAAAUGGGGUUAGAGAAGCAGAACACCAGGCAAGCUGUCUCCAUUGUACACGUCCUUGGCAUUGGGCAGGCCCCCCAGGACUCACAGCUUCUGGCAGCAAGUGUGUGUUCUUCACACACACACAAUUCUGGCUGGAGAGUGCAAUGUGUCUUUUAUUUUUUACUUUUUGUAAUUAUUUUAUUAAGUAUUUAGUUGGAAACUUCACACUGGCAUUAACAGAUCUAGCAGAAGCAGCCUAGGACAUCGUCCCAGCUCCCACUUGAAGGUGUGGGAGAGACGCCGUGGGGCGUGGGAGCACCACGGUGCGUCUUUUGGACCACCACCUGCAGGGCUGUUGGGCAGCAGCCCAGCUCCCACCAACUGCCAUGUGCGCCAACCCUGGGGAAGCCCCUGUAAUGAAGGAGCUGCCAGCCCCCAGUGCCUGUGUUUCUGAGGGUGGGCAGGCUGUGCAGGGUGGGAACCGGCUCGCCCUGCGUGCAGCAGGCAGCCGUGCAUGGACAUCAGCACCCCAGUCCAGACUUCGGGCCGUCUGAUACCAUGGGAACAGUGUGGAGGGGUCCCCCUCGACCUUACUGAGAUUUUUGCCUAAAUCUUGAUCCCUGUGUGGGGUAGCCUCUCUGACUCUCAUGCUCCAUGAUCAGAGAAGGGUGGGGUCAGUGACCUACUGCCUCAUUUCAGGAAAAAGUCCCACUGAUGUUGGCUUUCCUCCAGUUUUGUCCUGUGCACCUGGGCUCCCAGACAAGAAACUGGGCCCGUUGGCGCUUACACACUGGGCAGAGGGCUCUACCUUCCAAAGCCUGAUCCCAACCCACCUGUAAGGCUGAUACCCACCCCACCCCACCCCAAUCCUAUCUUUGUAAUCUUAAGUUUGCACUUGACCUUGACAAUCAGCCCCCUCUCCCAUCCCAGCCCUAGAACUUAGUGGCCUUAGAGAACAGGUCCCUGUGCUAAAGGUCCCUCCUUUGCCCCCAGUUCCAUCUGGCUAAUGGGGCUGGACUUUAGGAGGUGAGAGAGAAAGGAAGGAUUGUUUUAAAGCAAAAGGAUGGAUCGAGCACGUUGGAAGUGAGCGAGAGGCACGUCGGCAAGAUGAGUAAGUGCACGUGUGGCAUGUUUGGGACUCCCGUCCUUCCCCUGGGAAGGCAGCUCCGGAAGAGGACGUCUUGUAGGCAGAGAGGGAAGUGUGAGAAGGCUGAGAGAGGGUUUGGAGUCGGGAGUUUUGUCUUUAUUAAAGAAGGAAGCAGCUGAUUCUGAAUGUUCCAGGAAGGAGAGAGCAGGUAAGGAGGGAAUGCAGUGAUUCAACACCCAAGGGCCCAGCCAGAGCAGGUGGGGAAGGCCUCAGGACUGGGCCGUCAGAGCCGCCGGAGGAAACAGCGCCUCUACGUCUGUUUCUCAACGAAUGGCCGCUGCAUUGCUUAGUGGAGAGGGGAGGUCACCAGCAACAAAUCGUAUUUGAGUUUGGGGGCCCUGGCCCCAGCAUAUUCAUCCAUCUCCCAAGUCCCCAACUGGUUCUGCCCACCUUCCUUUGUCCAGUCCAGAGCUAGUCGCUCAAACUGCUUGAAGUGGAGACUAGUGACCCAACGGGCCACACAGUCAGGACUCGCCACCCCCGAACUGGAGCCUUGGGGUUGGACCCCGGGGUUAUUCUCGAGUAUCCCUGAUGGUGCCUGUGGUUUUCCAGUUUGCUGAGCCCGCCCCACUGGAGGGACUUAGAAGAGGGGUCCGAUGCGCACUCAUCCGCGAGCACGCCCUUUGGUUUUUAGUGGCCCAUCGCCAAGGCACACUGCUCGUAAGUGUUUAUUUCAGAGAAAGGAAGGUAAACAGAGCCACCAUUCUUGAAUCUGCACCUGGUCUGCUCACGGAGUACGCAGGAGGGCGGCAUCCGCCAGGUGUGGGUGUGGGUGGCAGGCCCCCGGGGUGUGGGUUGCAUGGCUGCAUGUGAACUGCUGGAUGUCUCUGGGCCCCAGAACUCUGGGGCCUUCCCCUAGUGUCCACUGACCCCUCCCAGCUCCUGCUGGGCUCUGGGGGUCAGGAGGAGGUGGUUCCCUCGCCCCCUCAGCAGAGAAACUGAAGGAAAGGACACUGAAUUCAGUACGGUCAACCUUGAGUGCUAAAAAAUUCCCAGGAUCCAUGGUGGUGCUAAACUCUUUCCAUGUUUCUAAUAUUUUUAAUCAUGGGUUUUGUUUUUAAUUGUUCUCAUCACAAAAAAGCGGUGUCCUUGUGGAAGGGACCCUGCCCCUUGACCUGCCACUUUCCAGGUGUCCUUCAUCACUUGGAUGGGACUCUCUGCAGAAAUACUCUGUCUUGGCAUGCUUCUAGACUGUAAGAUUUGGGUUGUUUUGUUUUGUAUUUUGUUUAUGUUUACAUGCAUCUUCUUGUAUUUCCCUGAAAAUUAAAUAAAGUUUUUGGUCUUUUUAA